GGCCAACUCUCUACACAUGACGGACACCGAAGCGUCGUCGUCGUCUCUCGCUGGUGGAGGCGACGCGCUUUUCAAAAAGAAGAAGAAGGGCGCUGCUGGCCGGACAGGUGUGCGCCCUUCCUCCCUGCAACAGCAACAGCAGCACGAGGCCGAGGUGGCGGCUGAAGAACAGGAAACAUCGACGGUCGUGCACAAGAAAAGAGCCGUGAAUCUCGGUGGGGGGCUGGCUCAACGGACAGGCUUCGCAUCGGCGAAGCGAAUGAAGCUGGACGAGGACGAUGACUCGGAAGCAAGGCUGGAUCGGUACGGUGAUUCCACAGUGGGCAGCGUCGUGCGAUCCGCGUCAAAUGGCGCGACGGGGAUAAGGAAUGCAAAGGACGAUGCGACGAGAGUCGACACCUGGUACGACGAUGAAGAGAAUGCUCCCAGCAGCAAAAGCAGAGAAGCUCCGGGAGACGGCGACAAGCAGACAAACGACGACGGCAUCUACCGCGGCGCAUCGUCCUACUCUGCCUACACGGCCACGCCGCGCGAGGGCACAAAGCCCACGACAAAGGGUCCACUCAAGACGACGACAAAUGUGCGCACCGUCACGGCCGUUGACUACCAGCCGGACGUGUGCAAGGACUACAAGGAGACGGGGUACUGUGGCUUUGGCGAUACAUGCAAGUUCCUCCACGACCGGUCCGACUACCUCGCUGGGUGGCAGCUCGACCUGCUGCCCAACUCGGCCGCUCGGCAGGCCUCGGACGACGAAGGGGAGGAUGAUGACGAGGAGGAGGUGCCGUUUGCCUGCCUCAUCUGCCGGCAGCCGUUUACGGACCCGGUGGUGACGAGGUGCGGCCACUACUUUUGCCAGCGGUGCGCCAUCAAGCGCUACGCAAAGAGCCCAAAGUGCUUUGCAUGUGGCGCACAGACGCAGGGCAUCUUCAACAGUGCGACCAAGAUCCUGGACCGCAUGGCACGGGCACGCAAGAGGCGCGAAGAGGAGCGCGAGGAGCGGAGGUGGAACAAGAGAAAGAAUCUGGAAGAAGAGGAGGGUGGCGACGCCGAGGACGGCGAAGCCGGGGAGAUUCUUGACGGUGUCGAGGUGGGAGGAGGAGAGGGCGAUGAAGAGGAGUGACGUGGACUCUGCACUGCAGCCAAUGUACUGUAUUUAUAUUCCCAUACGUAACAUGACAAUCCGCCUU